AUGGUUGACGAACGAAAAGAUAGUGAGGCAGCUAACAGCAAAGGAUGUGAUAGGGAAAGAAAUGUGAUCAAGAAGGCAAUAGAUCUGGACUAUGUGUUGACCAACGAGUUGGGCCAGUUCGGGAGGUACCAGUUGCGGAGCAUCAUCCUCGUGGCGAUACCGAUCAUAAUGUCAGCGUUCAUGAGCGAGUACAUCUUCUCCGCUGCCGCCAUUCCGCACAGGUGUCGCAUCCCUGAAUGUGGAGAAGAAGGUAAAUCUCACAAGUAUGAUCCUGAUUGGAUCUUGAACGCCGUGCCUGAGACCUCAUCAGGAUUUUCCAACUGCGAGAGGUUCACUCCUCUAGGUCUUACCAACGGCACCUUGGACUAUUGUCCUGUAACUUUAUUUAAUCAGUCCUCUGAAACACGAUGUUUUGAGUUCGUGUACGCCAGGGAUAAUACUGUCGUAUAUGACUUUGAUCUCGGCUGUGACGAAUGGUCGCGGGCCUUUGCGGGCACGCUGAGCAGCAUCGGCACCCUGCUGGUGCUGCCCAUCACCGGCUACGUGUCAGAUCGGUUCGGCCGAAGGUUCGCCCUCAUCAUCAGCGUCUUCAACUUGGCUCUGUUCGGCCUCAUACGAGCCUUCUCCGUUAACUACGUCAUGUAUAUGGCUCUGCAGCUCUUACAGACCACAUUUGGAGCUGGCACCUUCAGCUCCUCUUAUGUUUUUGCUGCUGAGCUCGUUGGUCCAAAAUAUCGCGUCCUGACAAGCGCUAUUUGCUCUUCAAUGUUUGGGGUUGGACUAGUGGUGCUCGGCGGAGUUGCCUGGCUCAUACCCGACUGGCGCUAUAUGAUCAUGGCGCUGCACAUUCCGUGCUUUCUCAUAAUCACAUACUACUGGCUAUUUUCUGAAAGCGUGAGGUGGCUCCUGUCCAAGAAACGAUACCCAGAAGCUCAAAAAAUCUUGGAGAACGUUGCGAGAGUUAACAAAACAUAUAUCAGUGAGAAAUCACUUGAUGCUCUGAUGAAUCCCCCACAACCUGAGGCUGCUGCUGUUCCUGAUGCUAAUAAGUCUGGAUUGGUGCGGACUAUUAUAAACUCCCGGGUUUUGCUCAGACGAGUGUGCACCACUCCCUUCUGGUGGAUCACCAAUACCUUCGUCUACUACGGUCUUUCCAUCAACUCCACAAGCUUGUCGGACACCAUGCAUUUGAAUUUCAUUCUGACGUGCGCCAUCGAGAUCCCAGGCAACUUCACGGCGGUCCUCGUGUUGGACAGGAUCGGCAGGAAGGCCACGAUAGCUGCGGGCUACUUCCUCACCGCAGCCUGUAACAUCGUUUUCGUUUUUAUACCCAAUGAUAUGACGGCCGCCCGCCUGGUAAUCUUCCUCCUGGGCAAAUUCAGCAUCUCAGCGGUGAUGAUGUCGGUGUACCUGUUCACGUCGGAGCUGUACCCCACGGAGUUCCGCCACACGCUGCUGGCCUUCUCCUCCAUGAUCGGCCGCGUCGGCUCCAUCACCGCCCCUCUGACGCCCGUGCUUAUGGAUUAUUGGCACGGCAUCCCGUCGCUGCUGUUCGGCGGCAUGGGCUCCCUCGCCGGGCUGCUGGUGCUGACGCAGCCGGAGACCCUGGGCACCAAGCUGCCCGACACCCUGGCCGAAGCCGAGGCGUUGGGCAAACCAGAGUCCAAGGUCAACCCUACCAGCUAACGAUGACUAUA